ACGUUCUCUUUCGCCCAUCGUUCCAAGCUGCAACUUUUGAAGCCGUCUUCACACAUCUAUCAAUUAUACAGACUUGACGAUGUCCCUUGGGAAGUUAUGCGGUGUCGCUGCAGCCUUGCUUGUCAUGGUAACACAGACGGAGGCUGCUGCUUGCACGAACAGCACCGACUGCGGCGUCAACGCCAACUGCGCCAACUCCACCUGUGUGUGUGAUCCUGGGUAUCAAGGAGAUGGCGCCACCUGCACCACUAUAUGCAGCAUGCUGGACUUCCUGCUGGGGGUCGGGUUCCGCGCCCUGCCAGGGGACUGCAGUCGCUUUGUCCAGUGUGACGUCACAAUACCCAAGGUGCAGUAUUGUAGCUACGGCACAGUGUGGAGUGACGUCAUCAAGGCGUGUGUGACACCAAGGAACGGCAACUGCAACAAGUGCAGUGGACAGGCUGACGGCGUCGAGCUGCCCUACCCCCUCAUGUGCAACUCUUACUGGCAGUGUCAGGGUGGGGUACCCCGUGCCAUGUGCUGCCCUGUCAACAACACCUUCGUGGAUGGAUCGGGGUGUGUCAGUGGGUCAUGUGCUGACACCUGUCCUCCUGCCCUGGCUAAUUACACAGCAGAUCCAUGUGAGUUUGCGCCCUCUAGCGACGGCCCCGAGUUUUACAUGGAAACAGUAACCGGGUUUGGUCUCAUCAGGAGGGACUGUCCCCUCGGCACCAACUUCAACAACGUCACCUGCGGCUGUCACGACGUCGUGAAUGUCCCAUCAUCUCCACUGUGCCCUAUGAUGGCUGACAUCUACUACGACAACGCUACAACCGCUUUUGUUGACAACUCCACCAACGACGCCUGGAUCCAGGUCAACAACGUCGCACUUGGCAACCAGGCAGUGUUUUCAGGUUCCAGUAGUCUGGCGGUUUUCGCUCUGGCUGGUGUCACGUAUGGCUCCAAUCUGGAAAUCGACACCGUCUUCUCUGUCAACCCUUCCUCUCCCAUCAACGACCAGAUUGUCCUCCAGAACGGCAAGUGUGACGAGAACGGACCUUCCUUCAUGCUCUACGUCAACGACGUCCCUGGCAACGGCUCCAUCAUGGACGUGACCUUCACCCUUCAAACUGGCAACUCCGUCGUCGAGAUCAACUCCACCUUGACGAUCGACAAAACCACCAGAGUGAGGGUUGAAGUCAAGUACCCAACUCGCAGCAACAGCAGCACCUACUCCUACACCCUGUUCGACGACGACACCGACAUGUCUCUCACCUCCGUCACGGACGUCAUGCCUGUCACAACCACCAUCACAAGGAAGAACGCAGCUCUACAGAUCGGGAGUGGAGACUGCACCAGUCAAGGAUUCUCUGGGUUUGUUGGAUCCAUCUUCAGGACCGGAAUUCGCAGUUGCGGCAUGGGCGUCUGAACUUGAAGCAGUGUCGACAUCCAGACAGGAACGACUUACAAUGUUGUUCGAUAUAUGCAACGUGACGUACAACGACUUUCUGAGAUUUUUUAAUUUGUAUUUAUUUGCUAUUGUUUUGUAUUAUUUAUGUUUUACGAAUAAAUUAUGUUCUUCAUAAAA